AUGACGCACCGCCUUCUCCUCCUCGACUUCGACGGCACCAUCACCAGCCACGACACCCUCUCCUCCCUCAUCACCCUCGCCAUCGAAACCACCUCCACCGACGCCCCCAACUCCCCCAAUAAAACAACAAGAACAACAACCCUCAAAACCAACUGGCACUCCAUCGUGACCUCAUACCUCGCCUCCCACAAAGCGCACGUCGCAUCCUACCGGCCGCGCGCAGAAGACCGUACCACGCUGGCCGAGGAACUUGCAUUUCUGGAGAGCGCGGGGGAUGUAGAACGGGCGUCAGUUGAGAGGGUGGGGAGGGCGGGGUUUUUUGGGGGCGGAUUUGAUUGUUCCCGGGAAGGGGAAACCCCGGAGGGAGGGGGGGAGCAAGAGGGAGAGGGUCAAGAGGGGGGAGAGGGGAAAAGGGGGUUGGUGGGGCUUGGACGGGUGGCUUUUGAGAGGGGGGUUGGUGGUGGUGAUGGUGAUGAACCCAGGGAGCGAGAGGAUGGGGCGGUCAGACUGCGAAAAGGGUUUGGGAAGUUUCUAGAGCGGCAGGCGAAAGACGGGUGGGAUCUGGCUGUUGUCAGUGUCAACUGGUCUGGGGAGUUUAUCCGGGGGGUUGUGGAAGCGGCUUGUGAAGCGGGAGGUGGAGAAGGUGAGAAAAAGGUGAGAAGGAUUAUGGCGAACAGAGUCACACUUCCGGAGGGGACGGUUCAGGGGCCGGAAGAGCUUGGUGGGGAACCGCUUACUACGGCUGGGGAUAAACUGAGGGCUAUGGAGUCGUUGAGGGGGGGGUUGGGGGAGGAGAAGGUGGUGGUGUAUUUUGGGGAUUCGACGACUGAUUUGGCGUGUUUGGUGGAGGCGGAUUUGGGGGUGGUUAUGGCUGAUGAUGGGGGGAGUAAGUUGUUGAAGACGUUGGAGAGGGUGGGGUAUGAGGUGCCGCAUGUGAUGGACGCUGGGGGGGAGAGUGGGCUUGUUUGGGCGAGGGACUUUGAGGAGGUUCUUGAAAGUAGUGUGUUACAAAGGAUAUGA